CUCCUUAAUUUAUCCAUUGCUGAAUCUCAUCCGUUCCUAUUUCGUUGAUCUCUUUGUUGGUCGUGAUCGAAUGUGGACUAGUGCAUUCCAGAAAGUCUGGGGUAAAACGGAAGCAACUAGAUCUAUGACCCUUCAAAAUCCUGAAAUACAAACAACUUGCACCCUGAUUUACUCGUCAACUUCCUCAAAACUUUCCUAGAACAAAGUAUCACCGAUCCGAAAUACACAUUUCAGUUCUGUUAUUGUACAAUUCAAAACACCACUCCUUUCACAACACCCGACAAAACCUCACAACCUUGUACACUUUCGUCUCAGCCUUGUAGACACAAUGGCCACCUCCGCAAUCCAAAACCCAGAAGUCCGCUCAGAGUCCAAAUCCGCGAAGAAGAAGAAGGCCAAGGCCGAUGCUGCCGCUGUAGCAUCUGUUACACAUGUUGAGACUGCUACACCUGCUGAGAGCACCAAUGGUGACGGAUCCUACGAGAGCCCAUACAUCAAGGAGCUUUACAAGAGCAUCCGAAAUGUCAACAAGAAGAUUGCAAACGCCUCUAAGGUCGACAAUGUCCUCGAACAAAACCCCGGAAAGACCCUCGACGAACUGGUAGCCACCCGCAAGAUCAACGCCGACCAAAAGGCACAGAUCCUGAAGAAGCCUUCCCUCCACGCCUCCCUCGCCCAACUCGAGGAGCAGAUCGCCCAGUACAAGAAGUUCGACCAGGAGUACAAGGCUCGUGCGCAAGCCGAGAAGUCCGCAAUAGAGAAGGAGUUGACGGAGAAGAGCAGCAAGGAGCUGGCUGAGGCAGUGGCUGCGGUCAAGGCUGAGGCAGUUGCCACUGCACUCAUGGAGAAACAACAGAACUUGCUCCUGCUGUCGAAGUUCCUUCGUCUGGCCGCUGCGAGGAGGGCUGCUGAUGUGGACCAAACCUUGGAUGAGAACCAGGCAUUGGAGGGCGCCCUGGUCGAGGUCUACACUGGGGACGAGACUGCGGUCGUGGCGAUGGAGAAGCUCAUCAAGGGAUCGGACGAACAGGCCUUGUCAAUCAACGGCGAGAAGGUGAACACCACCUACGCACAAAUCAAACAAGCCGCCAUCGAAUUCCUCGCCACCCCCACCGACCAUGAGCUCGAGCAACCCAACGAGGACAACACCGUAGCCACCGAAUACCCCGUCGGCACCGACCCCACCAUCGCCAACGCAGGCCUCACCGAGAUCGACGCCGUCCCCACCGCCGACCUGAGCACUAACGGCGACUCCAAGCCCGUCUCUCCCGCCGACUUCCCCACCAACUCCGGCUUCGGCGACGGCGCCAACGCCGCCGCGGAGGCCAACUGGGAUAACCAGAACAACAGCACCAACGACCUCUCCGCCUCCUCGGAGUGGGUUGAUGUGCGUCUUCCCCGCGACGCGGCCGAGACCGAGACUGGUAUCGAUGCUACCCUCGCCGCGCCACCGAAUACCCAGAGCUGGGCGGAUGAGCAGCCAGAGGCCCCUGCCGCUGUUGCUGCGGCCCCUGCUGCACCUGCUGGCGACGGAUUCCACGAGGUCCAGCGCAACCGCGGUAACCGUGAUGGACAGGGCCGUGGUGGACGUGGCCAGAGAGGUGGUGAGGGAUACAGAGGCCGUGGCGGGUACCGUGGACGCGGUAACGGCGAGGGUGGACGUGGCCGCGGCGCUCCCCGUUUCGGCGGGAACCGUGAACCGCGUCCCCAGGAGACGUCGUAG